AUGCACGCAGGUCUGAAGAGGAAAGGCGAAGAAGUAUUUAUUGGUGGGGAUUCCGAUUGGGCGAAGAAGCUGCUACUUGAGGUGCCGCCUGAGGAAGACCCCCUAGAGCCUGCCUUCCAUCUCGACCCUGAGUUGGAUGCUUUUAUUGACUCCGUGUUGCUUGACGACGAAGAUCUUACUGAAUCGGCCUGGCUUCUAGCUGAAGAAACAGAGACCUCUGAGCCAGUUGGUGUGUCUGCUGGUUCGCGGCCUUCCACAUCACCAGGAGCCUCUGGCUUGGCGCAGAGCGACAGUACCCCAUGGAGUGCGGUGUAUGACCAGCUCUCAGUGCCCUCUCACGUAGCAGGAGAUCUUUGGGAAAACCAUGAAGAGGGAAGCUGCGAAGAGCAGCACCCAGCCGCGGGGCCCUCAGCCGCUCAAAAUAUGCUACGUGGCUCAGCUGCUGAUGUUGCAGGUCCUCUUGUCUCCACUGAGCCUUCCUUUGCUGCAACGGAGGUACAAUCGAUAGUUACUGCAGCUUCUCAAGGGGUGGCUGCUUCUGAAGCGUCUGAAGUGGUGGUUGCUGCUGGAGCGCCCCAACCGGUUGCUGAUGCAGCUCCCCAACCGGUGGCUGCUGCAGGCCCUCAACCGGUGGCUGCUGCAGGCCCUCAACCGGUGGCUGCUAUAGCGGUUCAACUGGUGACUGCUGCAGCUCCCCAACCGGUGGCUGUUACAGGCCCUCAACCUCUGGCUGCUGCAGCGCCUCAACUGCUGAAUGCUGCUGUGACGCCUCAAUCGGUGGCCCUUGCUGCGCCGCGGAAGCGUGAGUCACAUCAGACAAACCAGGAGCCGUCUAGAUACUUGGAAAUCGCAUCAGCCGUUGCUCCUGCAACGAGAUUAAUUCUUCCUAAGCAACCAGCAGCAAUCAUGCUGCCCACUUCUUUUUCUGGGGCCCCUGGUGCUGCCUCCCAGCUGCUGCUGCCUCCCGUUACCAUUCCAUUUCAGCAGCGGGAACCAUCGCAACAGACAGCACCAACGUUGGUGCCGCCUUCAGAUGGGGACGUCCUACUAUAUUUCGGCUGGCUGGGGAACAUGUUUUCGGGAGUUCCUCCAGAGCUUCUGAAGACCCAUCCUUUCUAUCGUGUUCCUCCAGUCCAGGAGACAUCUCCAACUGAGGAGACAGUGACUCGAGUCAAGCUGCAGUGCGAGAGGGCCUCAGGUGCAUUGGCAACAUAUUGGGGUUGCGUGCACAUUGGGUGGAUUACUUUUGAAGUGCAGCAGGCAUGCGCUGGCGAGCAGACGGCUGAAGAGUGUUGGUUGCCUGAGCCGGGUUCAACAGCAAUUGCCUCGUGUGCUUUGAAUGCAUUAAAGGGCGAUCCUGCCUUUAACAGCUGUCUUGCUGCUUCUCCGCUGGUGCGGCUGCACCGCUGA